UCUUUUUAACAGUCUAAUGAUUGAGUAGUUAUUAAGUUACCUUCAAGUUAAGUUUUGCUUGGACCCAACCCCUGGGCGCCAACCUGUGGGUCUGGAACCAGAAUUGAACUAAGCACUGGUUUUUGAUAGAAAAGCAAUACAAAUAUAUUUAAUAGAUUUUAUAGGUAAUGUUUUAAACAAUACCUGGGCUGAAUUUCCAAAACAAAAUGGCACAAAUAGGAAAGGAAACAUUUUUUUGUCAUUUUACAGUCAAGCUACAGACUGCUUUUUGUUUUCCUCUAUGUUCAUGAAUAAAAGAGAAUGUAUUCAUUCUCUUAAAAGUUUAUGAUCUUUAUUUUUUUAACCAAAGCACAAAAACACCAUGGGUCUUCAUAGAAUAAUUUUAUAUAAGUAGAAGAUGGCAAGCUAUAAUCAGCUGAAAGCAGGCUGGCUACCAGCGUAGAGAGCAAGACUAAUUAUCCAGCUGAUAUGAACUUUUAUGAAGUUCACAGACUCCCUCACUUUCUCUAUUGAGAGAAGACAUAUAUAUUCAAACGUUUUAAUAGCUCUGGUGGCCUAUUUUUGAUAGUGAAUUGACAGGAAGGAGGGUAACGAAGAGAGGGGGAAGAUAUGCGACAAAGGUCAUCAGGCUAGGAGUCGAACCUCUGACGUCCGCGCCAAGCACUACGGCCUCCAUAUGUGGGUUGUGCUUUACCCUGCACCACACAGCGCCCCAGAGAAGAUAUAAUUCAGUGUUCUGUGCAACAAUUACCUAAAAAACUAAGUUUAGAUAAGAAACCAUGAACUGGUGUUUUUACUUGACGUUUCCAUACUGUGAGAAUCACCCAAGCCAUUUACUACGUAAUUGUUUCCUUGGAAGCAUGAAGUCAAACAAGAUGUUGGUUCAGGUUGCUGUUAAACUAUGAGUGUGCUUGUGUAGAUACCAGUAGAGGUUUAUUAGGUAGUAGCAGCCCAAAGUGGAGUGUUUUAAUGUGUGCAGUGAAGACUCUUUGUUUUGAAAUGCUUCCAGAAACUGACUGGGGAGUUCUGUUGAUGUUCCAGUAAAUCAUUAACAAACGAGCUCGUCUUUAAUAAUCACAACCCACCAGUACUAAUUCAACUUGCUGCCCACAGACUCGGCUACUUGCCUCUUUGUGAAGUCUCUUUCAUGUCUGCCCAAAAACUGCCUUAAGGUUGUUUCACUGAUACUAGCCUUCAUGUCCACCAGAGUGAGUCUCCUUGAGGCGACAGGGCAAGACUCAAACUGCAUAGCUGGAUAUUAUAAAGAUGCUAAAAAUCAUUCCUGCAAGCUAUGCCCAGAGGGCACAUACACAGACAGAAGCCAUUCUCUUACGUUCUGUCUUCGGUGCAGUAGUUGUGGUAGGGGGGGAGUUAAAAAACCAUGCACAGCUAGUAGCGAUGAGGUGUGCAUCUGCCCUUCUGGACACUAUUCAAAGGAUGGCGACUGCAAGAAAUGCUCCGAAAACAGUUCCAUCAGCGACAUCAAUGAAGAUUAUUGUGAUAUGUGCCAGGCCUGCCAAAGCCAGCACUGUAUGAAGCACCCAGGAUGCAAGACAAGUCCCAUCUCAGCUCCAUCUGAAGUUCGAGCGGGGACAUUAGCUUCGACUGCCGGCCCGGCUUCACCGUCAGGAAGACCGACUCCUUCCACCACACUGAAAACAUCAAGUCCAACUAUCGAGAAAGUGCCAAGUCAAUCAGAUACACUCUUCUGGCUUUCUUUUGUGGGGAUUGUUACAUCUCUGUUGCUCUUUUGGUUCCUGCUGCUCUUCUGCAGGAACCUGCUCAGAAAGGAAGCUGUUCUUCCCUGCUGGAACAAACAAAAAAAACUGCAAAGACUUCCUCAGGAACCAAAAUUGGACGAACAACGUAGUCAUCACUGUAGCAGCCCAACCACACAGACAUUUACAGUUUUUGAGGAAACUCCCAUGAUGUCGCUCUGUCAGGAACCACCUGCACACGUCGGCGGCCACGUGCGGCACAGUCUUCACACGGAUGCAAGACGAUAUGAGCACUGUGACCGCUGGCCGGCCAUCGUGCUCUACGCGAUCAUCAAGGAAGUGCCUCUUCGCAGAUGGAAGGAGUUCCUCCGACUGCUGUCCGUGUCUGACCAGCAGAUGGAGCGUGUGGAGAUGGAGGCCGGUCUCGGGUCCAUGGAGAAGCAGUACCAGAUGCUGAGGCUGUGGAGCCAGCGCUCCUCGGCGAGCCUGAAUGAAGUUUACUCCUCUCUGCACCUCAUGGAGUUGUCGGGCUGCGUCCAGCAGCUGCAGGAGAACCUGGAGAGGCUGCAGUGGAGGUGCGAAGCGAAGCAGGCGCUCACAGCCUGACGGGGCUACUGAAGGGAAGGGGCGGCUCCUGAGACUGCAGCUUUAAACGCAAAGAGUACAAAGCCGUCUGUGAUACAGGCGGGAUAGGAAAUAUCAAUUCUCAGUUUGUUCCUGGGUGUUUGUGAACACUGGCAACUAAAGUUUAACACCAACAGACUACUGCAACGACAUCAUGUAUUUCUUGAAUUGUGGAGGUGAAUACCAUCAUGGAGAGCAGUGUGAUUUCUUUAUAGGCUUGCCCACAACAUGUAUUUUUUGUGUUAUCUAACCAAAGAUAUAUACUGUACACACUGGAUGUAGGUUUGAUCCAGGCCAGUCAGUCAGAGAUCACACGAGGAAGACUUCACCAUGUGAAUGAAGGCACCAACGGUAACAAUUCUCAGAAGCACUUUCUGUUUCUUUAGGUGUGUUCUCCAUCCUAGUAACCCGUUGAGGGCAUUGAAAAAAAAAAGUUAUAUAAACAAGGGUAAUGCCUCUCUGUCAACUGUUACCUUCUGUCUUGAAACCUCCAAGAAAACACCACUCUACCUCUUUUUCUCUCAUGUGGGCAUCGUUUAUAGUUCAACAGUAGAAAGUUGUGGUUUCACAGCGGUGCACUGACGUUUAAAUAUGAGUAAGACUCGCAUCGUGUUUGCACUUCCUGUGUUCGUUUAGCUCCGGGAGUUGACCCUCCAGUUUUAUCUGUUUCCAUUCGACUAGUUAAAUAAAGACUACACUGAAUGGAGACUUUAAGUACAUCUGUGAUGCUUGAGCAGGCCAGCUGCCCAUGGUCUCCUUCAGCAUAAAAGUCUGACAGUACAACUCAGCCACUGAUUCUGAUUCUGGUUACUCACCUUUUCAAGAAGGAGACAACUGAAAUCCCCAAAGGACGUCAGAUUUUCAGUUUCCUGCAAGCAAAACGGUGUCAGUGUGCAGUAGGCUGGGUUUUUCCUCACCACACUUAUUCCAUUCAGAAUGAUAGUUUUGGCUUGUGGUGUUCAAGUAUCUCACUUUGAGAGUUUCUUUUUUUUUUGUAUGUGUCAGUUCAGUUCACUGACAGGAAAGGACUUGGACUUUCCAGUUUUUAGGAGGUUAUAAUAACAAGGUAUUUGUGUUUGAUCUCAGAACCUAUAAUUUGUGUUGUAGAUAUUGCUUUUCUUAAUUUUAUGAAACUAUUUAUGAAUGUUAUCUUGAGUGUUUUUCUUUUUAUUUGAAUGCUCACUGGUCUUGUUGAUAGAUUUAUAAAACAAAGCGGUACUGUAAUAAACCAUGUGCACAUGGUUACGUGUGAUGUGUAAAGAAUAAAAAAAGCUGAAGCCAA